AGAGGAGAGGCUCCCAGGCAGCGCCACGCCACUGUUCCGACUGGAUUGUACUUGAACGGGAGUUCGCGGUUUGGCAGGUUUAUACACAUCAAAACAGAACAAAGAGACGGUGCUAUAAAAGAAGAGAGGGAGAGAGGAGCGAAUAGAAUAAAAGCGACUUGAAUUACAAAAGAAGUGAGGACGCUCCGGUUUUCCACAUCCAAAGCUGGACGUAAAACUGGGAGAAUUUUGGGAAGCCUUUCUUUUUUUUUUUUUUUUUGCUUGUUUGUUUGUUUGUUUUUUUCUUUCUGAAAGUUUGUUUGGGACGCUUCCGAUUUGAAUUUUAAUGUCCGCGAUCUCAGCGCGAAACUUUCGCCCACGGACUGCACAUGGUUUCAAAGGGCUUUCAAAGGAGCUGGGAUAUCUUUCCACGUCGUCCACGCUGGAGAGUCUCAGCUAGAAUGUUGUAGAUACACGCGGAUUUGUUCCAGCCGCUUCUCUGCGUCUUUACGCGCAUCCUUCAAAAAAAUAGAAGAAGAAGAAACUGCACAGACUUUUAAAAGGCUGAAUAAUUCAUGAGAUACGAUUUGCCUGCUGGAAAGAAGUGACUGUAAAAAAAGGGAGGGGGGUUAUCCACAAACAUAUUCAUAAGGGUUGACGGGAUGGCCACCGCCGCUUCCAAUCCUUAUCUGCCCAGCAAUAGCAUCUUAUCGUCCGGCUCCAUCGUGCACUCUGACUCCGGGGGUGGCGGCAUGCAGCCCGGCAGCGCCGCGGUUACCUCCGGGUCUGGGGGUUACAGGGGAGACCCCACGGUCAAGAUGGUGCAGAGUGACUUUAUGCAAGGCGCCAUGGCAGCGAGCAACGGGGGGCACAUGCUGAGCCAUGCCCACCAGUGGGUGACGUCCCUGCCGCACGCCGCGGCCGCCGCCGCCGCAGCCGCCGUGGCCGCAGCCGAGGCCGGCUCGCCCUGGUCGUCCAGUCCCGUCGGCAUGACGGGCAGCCCGCAGCAGCAGGACGUGAAGAGCUCCGCCAGAGACGAUCUGCACACGGGCACCGCGCUGCACCACAGGCCGCCCCACUUAGCCCCGCACCACACGCACGCCGGGGCGUGGGGGAGCACCACGGCGGCGCACAUCAACUCCAUCUCCGGGGGGCAGCAGCAGCAGCAGCAGUCGCUCAUCUACUCGCAGCCGGGGGGCUUCACCGUCAACGGCAUGCUGAGCCCCGGCAGCCAGAGCCUGGUGCACCCCGGCCUGGUGAGGGGGGACACCCCGGAUCUGGAGCACGGCAGCCACCACCAUCACCACCACCACCAGCACCCGCACCACCAGCACCACGCCGCCGUCAACAGCCACGACCCGCACUCGGACGACGACACGCCGACCUCGGACGACCUGGAGCAGUUCGCCAAGCAGUUCAAGCAGCGGCGGAUCAAGCUGGGCUUCACGCAGGCGGACGUGGGCCUGGCCCUGGGCACGCUGUACGGGAACGUGUUCUCGCAGACCACCAUCUGCAGGUUCGAGGCGCUGCAGCUCAGCUUCAAGAACAUGUGCAAGCUGAAGCCGCUGCUGAACAAGUGGCUGGAGGAGGCCGACUCGUCCACGGGGAGCCCCACCAGCAUCGACAAGAUCGCAGCGCAGGGCAGGAAGCGCAAGAAGCGCACCUCCAUCGAGGUGAGCGUCAAGGGGGCCCUGGAGAGCCACUUCCUUAAGUGCCCCAAGCCUUCGGCGCAGGAGAUCAGCACGCUGGCGGACAACCUGCAGCUGGAGAAGGAGGUGGUCAGAGUGUGGUUCUGCAAUAGGAGGCAGAAGGAAAAGCGGAUGACGCCGCCAGGAGUGGCGCAGACGCCGGAGGAUGUGUACUCUCAGGUCGGCAAUGGGCAUUUUUUAGUAGAUUACUUAAAAGAUGAAGCGAGCGACCAGAGGGUGACAACCACAAGUUCAUUCCACCAGGUAAUUUUGGCGCAUUGAGAGGAGGAACUUCUCCUUAAUAUUUCUCUCAUUAUUUUUUCUCUCCCUCCUGAAAAGUAAACAUCCAACCUGCAUAUUUUUUCCUCCCCCUUCUUUAUCAUGUUUAAUUCAAGAAACAUUUUGUAUAUUUGAAAAGAGAAACGGGACUGAAUCUUUUUUCCAGAGAGAUCAACGACGCUUCCAGCUUCCUUUUUUUUUUUUUUUUUUUUUUUUGGUAGGGGGGGGGGGGGGAUUUUUUUCUUCCUCUUUUCAUUUUUUUCACCCCUUCUUCAUCUUUAAAGAGGAAAGCAAAGCAGGACUGUCUGGUGUGAUCUCAAAGAUCACCUCCAUCCUAUUAUCAUUAUUUAACGGACACAGUGAGUGGAUUUUUUUCUCUAUAAAUAAAGAGAAAAUGGGACAUUUGAGCUGCACUUAUUUCAGAUUUUUUUUAAAAACAAAAACACACAAAAAAAUCUGUUGCCAAGUGUGACUGAGUGUGGAUUAUUGCUGCCCUUUGUAAGCAGGAUUCUUUGGUAGGUUUUAAUAAACAACAAAAUAUAAAAAAAACAAUGUAAAGCUGGCAAUAUAGAUCAUCAGAUCAGAUAUUUUUUGUUUUAAUAUUUUAUCCCAAACGGUAAUUUAUUCCUGUGUUUUUUUGUUUGUUUGUUUUUGUUUUUUUGCUUUAUUUCUAGGUUGUUGCUUUUUUUUUUCUAAAAGGAGCACAAAUCACCACAAACGGACAGUUUGUUCUAUAUAGGUAAUAAGGGUAUAUUUUGAUGUGAAUUUCUUUAUUUUUUCCUUUUAUUUUCUUUGGACUGUAUAUUUAAUUUCCAGUAGUGGUUCCGUACGAGCUGACUGAGACAAUAAAUUUGUUAGAAUGAAA